GCGGGCACCGCGGCCGAUUGGCAGAGGAAAAGCGACGCACCGCGAAGGCGCCGAUCGUGCGCCAAUCGACGCCACCGGUGGCGCCGACCGCGGCCAAGGACAUCCCGUGCCAAGUCCCUUGGACGACCGGCGAGCAGUGCCGCGGCACAGCUGAGGGGCGGCUGCAGUCGACUCGCACCCAGGCAUGCACUCCGGCUGGACCACCCGCUCAAAGGAUGGCUGAGGUGCGCGGAUUAAUUUCGGUGCUGCUGGUCGGUGCCCUGCUCGCGGCGCUCUUGUUCCUGUGUCGCCGCAGUGGACUUUUGACCUGGCUCGCCGCCUGGCUACUUUCUUCCAGAGAGGAAAAAGUUGGCCUCACCAGAUCCAAGGGCACAUACAAUGCCAACGGAUACCUCGUGGGUUCCAACUCGGACAUUCAUCUGGACAUGACAAACGGCAGUUUCCAGCGGUUCGACACAAUCGACCGCGACUACCGCCUCUUCGGCGAGUCGACCCUGAGCGGCGCCCGCUACAACCUGUGGGGCGCCCCAAUUUCGCCUGCCGCCCCCGACAUUCCACCGCAACCCUUGCGUCCAGCCCCAGCGCCCUUUCUGCCCCCGAAGCCUCCGGACGAAUCGCCACCGGAACCAAACCACGCUGUGCCUCGGCCGGCACCGUCGCAGCUGCAACGCAACUUCCCUCUCAUUCCGCCCCCGCCGCCAAAGACGCCCAAGGUCACGUCAAUCCUGCCGCCCCCGUCGUUUGCAGAUCCCGUCCCUCAAACCACAGAAUCCGAGGAUGAAGGUGGGGUUGUAGCAAAGCCAGUGCCUGCAAUUGUCAAAGAGUCGUCGGUGGAGGAGCUUCCGCCGUCGUCGGCGCUCAAGAGGGCCGUUUCGUGCGAUUCGCUGAGUUCAGACACCUCGGUGGUGCUCGAGCACCUCGAAGAGCCCAACGUCACCGGCUAUUUGUGCAUCGGGCUGGAGUACGACAAGACUUUGUGCGGGAGUGACAUGUCUGACCUCGUGGUUAGCGUCUUGGAGGCCAAAGACCUCACCGGCCCUGACCCCACACAGCAAAUCGACUCUUACGUCAGGGUUUAUUUGCUUCCGGACAAAAGCUCCAGUCUGCAAACCAGGGUAUACAAAAACUCAAACAGCCCGACCUACAAGGAAAAGUUUGUGCUGGGAAUGGAGACGGCAGAGUUGAUUCGUCGCUCGCUCGUCUUCUAUGUUUACUCGAGCGACAAGCAAUCCAACACCUUGAUAGGAGAGGCAGAGUUGCGACUCAGCGAUGUCACCAUGCGUCAACCUGUCACCACGUGGCUCACCCUCACAGACACCGGCCAGAGAGGCACAGAAUUUGGCGAGCUCAUGUUUUCCCUGAGCUACCUUCCGACGGCGGAGAGGCUGACGGUAGUAGUGGUGAAAGCCCGCAAUUUGCACUUCCCAUUAACAGGAGAGACUGGCGACUCUUUUGUGAAGGUAUAUUUACUUCAACACGGUAAAAAGGUGCACAAAAAGAAGACGUCGACCAAAAAGUCAGAACGGAGUCCCAUUUUUAAUGAGGCCAUGAUUUUCAGUGUACCCGCUCAUUCCUUACAGACUAUUCAGCUUCGACUGACUGUGGCAGAAAACACAGGCGAGCCGCGGGCGCUUUCCGUCGGGCACGUGAUUGUAGGUUCGCAAGCCUCCGGCAAGGCUUUAUCUCACUGGAACCAAAUGCUAACGUCGCUGAGAAAGCCCAUCGCCAUGUGGCACCCGCUGAGGAAGUGAUUCUAAUAAAGGGCCAAAGCAGCGCCGUUCCACGCAGAGCAGCACAACUUUAAUUGUAUAAAAAUAUAUCACUUUUCUAAAUGGAUUUGGGAUUUUGUAAAAGUUGUUGAUAACUUAAUUGUACUAGGUGAACUUGGGUAACUUUCCACUGUACUAAUUUAUACUAUAUUUAAUUUUGUUUUUGUGUGGACGUGGAAAAAUAAGGAAUGGUUUUUGUCGUUAACAUAAUGUUUAAAAAGAAUUAAUUAUUAUCAGACAAAAGACAAAGACCAAAAUAAAGGCUAUUAAUAAGCAAUGUUGUAAUUUCUCAUUAAUAUUUAAAGAGAUAUAUUAUAAAAAAAAUUCUCGACACCCUUGUUCAACAUGGUAUUUAUAUUUAUUUCUAUGUUUAUUUUCUCCCAAACUUAAAAUAGAUAACUCAUUUUUUUAUGAAUUUAAUGAAUAGGAAAUUCUACUGUGACUGAAAAUGUGCCGUUGAAAAGAAACUUACUAAUAUAAUAUAAUCUUAUCUAAUUGUGAUACCAGAAUACUAACUGUUAUUAUUAAAAAAAAUAACAAAUAACACAAUAUUUAUCUUCCAAAAAUAUGACACGAGGAGAUGGAUGUAAGAGAUCCCAAUAAGUGUGAAAUAUUGUGUAAUAUUCUACAAUUAAGGUAACGAAAAUGGCAUAAAAGUAAAUUAGUAUUAAAUAUCGCAAAAUGCAAGUUGUAGUUUUUUAAUUCCACCAAUUAAAUCUGUCAAAUCUUGAUAAUUACAAAAAGAAUUUAAAUUUUAUAAGUUCAACGAUAACAAAAAAGUAAAACUUCAAUUUCUUUUGAAAAUUUGGUAACAAGUUGAUGGAAGUCAUAUGUAUUGAGAAAUUUUGCGGACAAUAAUCUUGCAUUACAUACAUAUUGGAGUGAAAAAAUUAUUGCCAAUUAUUAUACUCAAACCUGAAAAUACUAUUCUCAAGGACAGUACAAUAGUUCAUUAAGCAUUAUGAAACGAAGAGAUAAGAGAUAUAAUAUUCACUGCGCAGAAAAAGGAAAUUGCUUCUCAAAUUGAAUCAGAUUUUAAUUUUCAUAAAAAUAUAAAAGUGUAAAAGAUAUUUUUAAGUGGUGCUAUUCUGCAUAAUUUGUUUCAGAAAAUAACUAUUAUACUAUAAACAGUCUUGAUACUCCUCUUACCUCGUUCUAUUUUUGCAACUAUAAAAUACCACUUUAAAAAUUUUAAAUUUGAUUUAGUUUUUUAACUUCAGCACAAUUCAGUAUUAAGAAAAUGUUGAAACUAUAAUUUUGAUGCCACAAAUUUCUUGUUUCAUUAUGAGAAAUAAAAAAUACUGCUCUUAUUUCCAUUUUCAGAU